UGAGUCAUUGAUACACAUAAGUUAUUGUCAAGCAAUCAGACUUAAUUCUUUAAUUUUGUAGAUACAACUCCAUGUUUAAUCGCGGCUAAGCACCAAGCUUAAGAUAAAGGAAUUAACUCGGAGUUAAGGCACUACCUUGUACAGAAGGAGAUCGAAGCAUAAUUUGAAACAAGUUAGUUUUUCUACCGUCUUUGCAGCGUCUGCAGUAAAUACCUUUGCCUACCUCUGAUAAAGCUGUGGAAUAGUUCUGGUGCAUGUUAUAGCGUAAUAACAUAUCGAGUAAGAUGGAUGUCGUACCACAGUUGACCGUCCUAGUACUUAUUGGAUUCCUUUUAACUCUCUUCUUCAACUUUCAAGCCGGUAUUGGCCCAAAUUCCGACUUAUCAUUAGGAAUUUUUCGAAACUCGAUCGGGAACCUGUCCAACUUCUACCCGACGCCCGUCACCCCGGCCGGUUACACCUUCGCAAUCUGGGGUCUGAUCUACUCCUGGUUUGGCGCUUGGGUGAUCUAUGUCAUCACAACUCUCUUCAGGACCAAUGAUAAGGGUCCUGUAUAUCUUAACCCUCCUACAACCAGUCCUGAGUUUCUCAUUGCAGUAUGGCUGAAUCUUACCCUAAAUGUUACCUGGUUAUUCGCAUUCGACAGGACCACUUUUUACCUUAGUUUUGCAGCCCUGGCUGGCAUAACAACAACGCUCUACAUAGCGAUCUCCAUACAUAUAAGCAGGGUUUAUGAUUAUCUUUUUGUUUUCAAAGAAUAUGGAGUAUUCGAUCUGUGGGCCAACCGUGUUCUCAUACAGAAUGGACUUGCCUUAUACGCUACUUGGACGACGGUCGCAACUAAAGUACAGCUUUCUAUUGUUCUGCUCUACAGGCUUGGACUAGACGAGGAAACUACGACCUACAUUUGUUUUGCGGUCCUCGCUGCCCAACUCAUCACUUAUUUCCUCCUGGACUGUUUUGUUUACGAUCGAUACUUUCGAUAUAUUCUCAUCGUCUACCCAGCGGCGAUGUGGUCGUUGGGAGGAAUCCUUGUCGCUAACGUUCGUGAUCCCACCAGUCCACAGGCUGUUAUCGGGUCGACACUUUUUGCCCUCGUCUUCGUCUUCUUUGUCAUCAAAACCAUCUUGGUCAUCGUUCGCGACCCCGUAUACGUCAUUGCAAAACAGAGAAAGGCUGAUAAAGCCGCUUACACGCAACUGGUUUAGUGUUUAGUGAAAGUGAAAAAAUUGAAAAAGGAUAAUGAUAGUAUUGUUAAUGCCCCAUUAUAUAGGAUAAUAAUAACAUAAUUUUUGUUAAUGAUAUCUGCCAAUGAAGUUAUUACAUUUUGAUUUAGAUUUCAGAUUAUCUUGAAAUAAUGAUAAUGGCUAGGUUUGAUAAUCACUUUCCCUGUGAAUAUAUAGCACUUUUAUGGUUUGUAAAUAUUAUUUUAGAUACCUUUCAAAUAGUGUUCAUUACUGUACACUGUAAAAAAUAUUGGGUAAAAUUUUAACCAGCACGAGGGUAAUUAUGUGUCCAACCAAUCUUGAGCAGUAUUUUACCCAAUUCGGGCAAGCAUAUUGUCCAGUAAGGUUAAUAAAUAAGCAGCAGUUACUUUAGAAUGGGCAACAUUUUCAUCACACUGGAUAAAUAAAACUCCCCAAAGAAAUGCCUAAUGGUGGUUGGACACAUAAUUACCCUCAUGGAGCAUUUUACCCAAUAUUUUUUAGAAUGUAUUUCAUUUACCAAUGGUCUCUCACUAGUACUUUGGGAUACCAAACAAAUUGUUACUAAUGAUUGUACUUCUAAGAAUUGUUUUGACGUUUGUUUCUUUCUUUUUAAUAUAGAUAUAUUUUUCCUGGCAUGUUCAUUCAUUUUAUGAAGAGAUCUGUGAGGCAACCUGUUUUAUUAUUUCAUUUACGGCAAUAUAAAUUACUGAUGUAUUUUGCUCCAGGAAAUGAUAAUUUUUUACUUUAUUUUGAGAAUUUAGAAAAGACUAAGUUUAAAGAAAAUAAAUCUGGACUUCUUUAUUUUAUAUCUGUUAUCACCGGUAUUUACCCUUCUUAAAAUAUAAAUUAGUGUUUUUAAAA